UCCACGGUCGGCGCGCCCAUUCCCGUCUCCUCCCUCCUCCCCACCCCACCCCACCCCAUCCCACCUCGGAUCUGCUGCCUCCACCGUUUCAAUCCACAUGCGAGCGGAAAUCGAGCGGGCGAAUUGAAUCCCGUCCCGUUCGGGCUCGGCCAGCGAGCGAGCGGCGUCCGGCCGGCUGGGCAUUGGUUCGUGCUCGCUCGAUCGAUCAGAAAAUGGCGCAUCGUGUGAACAACGAGUACGACUACCUCUUCAAGAUCGUGCUCAUCGGCGACUCCGGCGUCGGCAAGUCCAACAUCCUCUCGCGAUUCACGCGCAACGAGUUCUGCCUCGAGUCCAAGUCCACCAUCGGCGUCGAGUUCGCUACCCGCAACCUGCAGAUAGACGGGAAGACUGUCAAGGCACAGAUAUGGGACACGGCAGGGCAGGAGAGGUACCGCGCCAUCACCAGCGCCUACUACAGGGGCGCGGUCGGAGCGCUUCUAGUCUACGACAUCACAAAGAAGCAAAGCUUCGACAGCGUCCAGAGGUGGCUCCGAGAGCUCCGGGGUCACGCAGACGCGAACAUCGUCGUUAUGAUGGUCGGCAACAAGUCGGACCUGAACCACCUCAGAUCGGUCCCCGAGGAAGACGGCCGUGCGUUUUCGGAGAAGGAAGGCCUGUCCUUCCUGGAGACCUCUGCCCUGGAGGCGAUAAACGUGGAGAAGGCGUUCCACACCAUCCUGAGCGAGAUCCAUCAGACGGUGAGCAAGAAGGCGCUCGCCGCGCAAGCGUCCGCGUCCACCAACGGGCGCUCGAUGCAAGGGACCACCAUUAACGUCGCUGAGUCGUCCACCGUCACGAAAGGCUCCUGCUGCUCUAGCUGAAGAGCCGCUUCCGACAGGCCUCGUCGGAAGGGUUCGUUUCCGCCGAGCUGCACAUCGCUGCGUGUAGGUUGUAGAUCGCUUAUUUGCGUUAUCUGCCUGCCUUCCAAAGCCAUUGAUUGACUGGUGAUUCGAUUCUUUGUCACAUGGAACUCCCUCUAGCGUCAUAUACUACAUGUAACCUGUCUUCCUGUUGCAUUUGUUGUUCAACUUACACCUGUAUACUUGGAUAAAUUGAAGAGCACUUUGUAUGUACUCUGUAACACAUCCUUCUAAUAAUAAUCUCCGGUACCAUUUUGA